AUGGCGAGCGCUUUCUCUCCGUUUGAAGAGGUUGGCAAGCAAGCCGAGUUUCGGGAAGAUCUCAACCGCAUCUUGAUCUGCCCCGAAUGUAAGGAGGAUCCACCCCGGCUUGUCGAGGAGUACUCCUCCGGCGACAUGGUUUGCGAGACGUGCGGUCUCGUUCUGGAUCGUAUCAUUGAUACACGGUCCGAAUGGCGCACUUUCUCCGGUGACGAUAAUGGGAAUGACGACCCCUCUCGUGUCGGUGACGCGCCCAACCUCAUGAUCGACGGUGACCAGCUGCAAACGGCCAUCGCGUUCGACGGAAAGGGCGCCAAGAACCUGGCACACCUACAAAACAAGAUCAACCAGGACAAGGGCACCAAGGUUCUCCUUCAGGCAUACCGAGACAUCCAGGCGCUGACCGACAGCAUCAACGCGGGCACUCAGGUCGCCAACACAGCGAAACACAUCUUCAAAAUGGUCGACGACAACAAGGCCCUAAAAGGCAAAUCACAAGAGGCCAUCGUUGCUGGCUGCAUCUUCAUCGCUUGCCGGCAGACCAACGUGCCCCGGACGUUUCGUGAGGUCUAUGGCCUGACAAAGGUGUCCAAGAAGGAGAUCGGGCGCGUCUUCAAACAGCUCGAGUCCUUCCUGCAGAAGAUGGGCGGCGAGGACAAAGUUGCCAAGGCCACGGGCUACAGCCAGCAGUACACCGCUAAGGGUUCCACGACGGCCGACGAACUGUGCAUCCGUUACUGUAGCAACCUCGGAUUCCGCAACGCCGUCCGUGUCGAAAGCGUCGCUCGCCGGCUGGCCGAGAAAUCCUCCGAGGUUUCUGACCUCGCUGGCCGUUCCCCCCUCUCGGUCGCCGCCGCCUGCAUCUACAUGGCAUCUCACCUGGUUGGGGAGCCACGGAGCACCAAGCAGAUCUCGGUCGUUUCCAGCGUCAGCGAUGGGACUGUCAAGACGGCAUACCGAUACCUGUAUGCCGCAAAGGACACCAUCUUGACCAAGGAGGUUUUCUCCGAGGAGAUGUUCGGCGACGUUUUGGCCAACAUCGACAAGGUGCCGGUCAAUUAA